UAAGUUAUUAAAUUUGAAUGUACGCAAUUACUAAUAACUUUCAUCAUUUAUUUUCUAUUUACUUCCAAACAGAAUCCAUUCCAAUUAGAUCUGGUCACUUCAGUCCAGCUUUUUUCCACCAGCAUGGGCUUCGAGCAGAUAUCAUUACCUGAAAAAGGAUCUGUGGAAGAUAAUUUAAUGGGUUUGGUUUUAAAAAAUCCAAAUUUACGUUUACUGGUAAAUAAUAAAACUGUUAUCCGGGCUGAUCAUGGGAGUCUUAACAAAGUUAAAAUCAUAUCCGGAGGAGGAAGUGGCCAUGAGCCAGCUAUGUCUGGUUUUGUGGGAGCUGGUUUUUUAACAGCAUCUGUUUCUGGAGAAAUAUUUGCCGCUCCUUCAAGUUCUGAUAUUUUUCAAACUAUACUCGAACUGGGAAAAGACCAUGAGCCAGGAAUAUUAAUUAUCAUUCUCAACUACACUGGAGAUAGGCUAAAUUUUGGAUUAGCAAUUGAGCGUGCCAGAUCUUAUAAUAUAAAUGUAGAAAUGUGUAUUGUAAAUGAUGAUUGUGCAAUAAAAAAUUAUAUACCUUCAGUUGGUCGCAGGGGUUUAGCAGGUGCAGUUUUAAUAAAUAAAAUUGCAUGUGCAUUAAGCGAUAAAGGAUGGUGCUUAAAAGAUAUUUCUUCAUUCAUUAAUUGCAUAUUAGCAGAAAAAAGAAUUAAAAGCAUUGGAAUAUCCAUAAACAAAGAUAAUGUUGAACUUGGAAAAGGAGUACAUGGAGAACCAGGCUCAAUGUUUCUGAAAUUAGACAGUGAGGAUUAUAGGAGCAUGGUUAAUAAAAUGCUUAAUACUUUAUUCGAAGAUCUUCCCAAAUCUUCCAAGCACUUUUUUAUUUUAAUAAAUAAUCUUGGAGGUCAUACGGCCACUGAAAUGUGUACUAUAAGGAAUGAAGUCAUACUUCAACUCAAAGAUGAAUACAGAGACUACUUUAAUAAUGGGGUUGUAAGAAUUUAUUGUGGAACUUAUUUGACUAGUUUAAAUGUAAAAGGAUUUUCUAUAAGCAUUCUAUUAGGAGAUGAAUUGAUUACAGAAUGCAUGGAUCAUUUGUGUGAUACUGAUGCAUGGAAGGCUUCUUAUAUUAAUUUAGAGAACUAUUUAUAUGAUGACAUAUUUAUUAAAAAUAAAUAUUCUAUUGAAAUAGAAAAUAUUGAACCGACGGGUCCAAAAUUAAGCUCCAAUGGAUCUAAGAUGGUUCAUCAAAGCUUAUAUUAUAUUUGUGAAGCCUUAGUAUCAUGUGAAAAACAAUUGAAUAUUAUAGAUUCAGAAGCUGGAGAUGGUGAUACAGGAUCAACAAUUGCUAGAGGUGCAGCUGAGAUUUUAAAGCUUCUAGAAACUGAAGCACUAAAUUUAAACUAUCCUGAAAUAUUUCUGAUUCAAAUUAGCAAAGUUGCUGAAAAGUUUAUGGGUGGAACAUCAGGUGCCUUAUACAGCAUUUUCUUUCAAGCUGCUUCAAUAGUAUUCAAGCAAUGUUUAGUAAUUAACUUAGCUUCAUGGACUACAGCGCUGAAUAAUGGAAUCAAAGCCAUCCAAAAUCAUGGCCAUUCAAAAGUUGGUGAAAGAACUAUGUUAGAUCCUCUGCAUGCUGUCCUGAAUGCUUUAAAUAAUUCCAUCCCUCGUACAGAACCUGAGUUCAGGGCGUUAGAACAAGCAACAGAAGCUGCUGAGCAAGCUGCACUUUUAACAGUUAAUAUGCCACCACAAGCCGGUAGAGCAGUUUAUUCAAGAAAGUCUGUGAAUACACAAUAUCCUGAUGCUGGUGCUCAUGCUGUUGGAAUAUGGAUGAGAGCUUUAUGUGAAGCUGUAAGAACUUUCACAAUGUAA